CAAAAUACAGAUUGAAAGAGUAAUAAAAACUCUAGAGGACCAAAGUUGUGCAUUUGCCACCUAGAAAAAUGGGUGCAUAUGCAGCACCCAUUUCCCAUCUUCUCCUCCCCUCAUCGCCAAACCCUAACAAAAACCCUAAUUCAAAACCCCCAAAAUCAAACCCUAAAAGAACACCAAUGAAGCCCAUUACCUCUAAAGCCAGUUUCACAAUACAGAGGAGGCAUUUUUUGCUACUUUCUCUACCCAUUUCUAUUUCAACCCAGUACAGUUCUUGGUUUUAUGCCCUAGCGAGUGUCGAGCCAGUGAGCUCUGCCGAAGAAGAUGCAAGUGCUACAGUCUCCCGGAGAGUUGCCGAGGCCAUAGAGUUGCUGGAGAGAGGGAGGGAGUUGCAGGCUCAGGGUGACUUUAAUCAAGCUCUUGAAUACUUCACUCAGGUGGUUAAAAAUUACAAUGACUUUGCAUUCUCAGAAUAUGCACGAGUGGGGAGAGCAUUAGCCUUGUAUGAGGUUGGCGACAGAGAUGAAGCAAUUGCGGAGAUGGAGGAUGUUUCCAUAUCUUUGAAAGGAUAUCCAGAAGUGCAUGCAGCUCUAGCUGCAGCCUUAUAUGUGGAUAAGCAUGCUCCACUGCUUGCUGAAAACCAGUUCACGAUUGCGACUCUUCUUGAUCCUCACUAUACGGAUCUCUCAUAUGUAAGAGAAACAAAGCAUUGGCCACCAAGUUUGGUUAGUUCAUUGCAGCUCUUCAUCACAUUUUCGUAGGACUUUGUAAAUUAUACAACUUCUGGUUAAAAGCUACUGUCUUGACUUGUUUGGAUAUUGUGGUCACUCUUUCUCACAAACAAUCAAGUUCAUUGUUAAGAUGAUUCAUUACUGUAAUAAUUUGUUACAUUAUAACAGUGAAAUACAUAUAGGGAUAGAUACAUAUUAUCAAUGCAUUUCUAUUCUUUUAUCUACA